AUGCUAGAUGAAUUAGAAUCAGAUCCAAUAAUUCUAGCAACUGUUAAUGCUAUUAUUGAAUUAUCACGAUUAAGACUUAAUAUAAUAGUAAAUAAUUUAACCCGUAUUUUGGAUAAUAUAUCGAGGAUUGAUAACAAUAUUAAUGGUUCGUUUGAAAUUCUACAAUCACAACUAUACAUUUUGAAAAUUCUUUCUGCAUGUAUGACACAUCAUUGGAAGAAGCAUCGUCAAUCAUUGAUAAUAGAUACAGAAGUGAAAAAUUCGCAAAAUAAUGAUUCUAAUAUAAAAGAAUCACCAAUUGAAAAAGAUGAUUUGGCCAGACUUGUUUUAAAUGUUCUUUCAAAAUUUCUUUAUUUAAUGGCCGGACAAGAGAAUGUAAUGGAUAAUGGUUAUGGAACAAACAAUUAUUCAUCACAUAUUAUAUAUGAUACUGUUUGCGAAAUAUUUAAAAAUGCUGGCCGUGUGAUAUUUUAUAUAAGUUCGUCUAAUUGGGAUGUAGUGUUUGCAAAAAUCAAGGGUCGAAUUGGCAACUUGGCUGCUGCAAAUGAAGACAGACCUGAAAUCGCCGAACUUAAAUUAUUGGAAUGUUCAAAUUUAAACGCCAAAAGAUUGUCCAGAAUUCUGCAAGAACUAUGUGGUUCAUUCAUUCACUUGAGAAAGCAAUCACAAAUAACACUGGCAACAGUUCUUAGAAAAGCUAUUUGGAAUUGGAUUGAAAUAUUUCCUAGUGAAUUUAUAUCAUUAUGUCAAAAUCAAAAAAGAUUAGAAGGUGGUCCUGAAAUUUUAUUUGACAUAUUGCAUUUAGCAGCAUCUGAAAGCGUAAAUCGUAAAACUGCAUUUUGGCCAUUACAAACUAUGCUAUUAGUCAUUUGUCCAGACAUUUUAUUUAGUGCUUCUAUGUAUGAAAGGUCAGAUAGUGACAGAACAAAUACAAUAUCUAAAAAAGUACAAUUCUUGGAAACUUUAAAAGUUAGCUUAAAAGGAAAAGCUUUGUCAGAUGUUGCUGCUUUAUGUUAUGUUGAUAUUUGUAAGGCUUCUACUUAUGUUUCCAAGGAAGAUAUUUCAACGUUUAGAAUAAUAGUUCCUGAUAUUGAAAAUGAUUUAAAAGAUAAAUUAUUUGAUCUAUAUAGACCAUUUCCUGAUGAACAUAAUAUCAAUCAAUCACUUAUGACAGAUUGCUUAACAGUAUUAUUCAAAUUAAAUCCAGAGACUACAUUAAACUCUUUAAUUCCAAUAUGUUUACACGUUAAUGCCCCUAAUGCUUUUAAAUUAGUACUUCUCAAGAGUUGCUAUUCUAUGGCUUCAGAGGAACCUCGUUUGCCUUUAAAUUCGCAAAUGGAAAUUAUGCAUUCGAUUCUUGCAUCUCCACUUAGAAAACUUUUUCAAGAUCUUGUGUCAAAUGUAGAUGUUAAUGGGCGUAGAAAUGGAAGAGCUGAUAGACACGACGAUUUUCUUGAAAGAUUAGAAAUUAUUCAACAUAUCUUAAAUUUAUAUCGAGCAGAUCCUUUGCUUGCAAUUGUAGGCAGAAAACCCGAUGAAGAAAAUCAAUCUAUUAUUUUAGCAAUCACCGAAUGUAUGAAUGUUUAUAAUGAUACCAUUAAAACUAUUGCAGCUGAUACUCUUUUACAACUUCAUAAUGUGAAGUUAAUUGAACAAUGGGGCCCUAAAGAAACCAGGAUGCAGCAUUUCUGGCACAUAAGUUCACAAAUUACUCUUGCAGUUGCAAAACAAAUACUCGAUUCUAAAGAACGUAACGAUAGCACAAAAUAUAUGUUAAACCUUUUACUUCAGCUUUUAAAGUGUCGUAAUCAAUUUCUCAAGGAUCAUACGGAUGAAUUAAAUAUGCGAAUCAACGUUCCAGAUAGAUUAACAUCUAAUAUAGCUCUUGAAGUUGCUUUGUUAGUUUUGUUAUGUUCUGCUGAUUCUGAUAUUGGCGUCAUGGCAAUAAGCUGUUUUGAUCAAUUAUGCAUCGAGGCUCAACUGACAAAUGUCAACGAUGUUGUACCACCGCAAGAGAUGCAAAAUUAUCAAAUGACUAUUGUUGAAAACAUGGAAGUUUAUUUAGAAUUAUCGUCAUCAUAUCAUGUGACUUCAGGCCGGAAUGCACAACAAAGGCGUAUUCGUAAGUUACUAAGAAUGAUGACUCAACCAACUGCCGGUAAUCUCGGUGCUUGGGAAGAGGCUUUAAAAAGAUGGAAAGAGUUGACUUUACGAAUUGCAAAGUCAGUACUAGAUCAUAGCGGCUUUGAUAAUAAUGAUAAAGGUAAAAAAAGCGGAUUUAUUGGUGCAGUGUUUGUUUCAAGCAGUGUUCCACCAAGACCAUAUCCACAACCAGCUGCUCUUAUUAAUAUAUCUGGGCAUCAAUUGAAUGAAUGGACCAAUUUUACUGGAUUCCUUUCUGCUCUUGGUGGUUGUUGUGUCGACAAUAAACUGCUAAAUGCCGAUUAUAAUCGUAAUAGUGAUUUUGUUACUCGCAGAAUUUCUUUAGUACAAACUUCUGAUUAUCAUCACAUGGUUGAAAAGUUUGUUCAAGACAUGGUUGACUUACUUGUUUAUGAUGUUCCUUCUAUAAGAGAAGCUGUGAAAGAUACUCUUGGCAACGAAUUAAGUCCUAGAUUAUAUAUUAUACUUUUUCGUAAUUUUGAAUCCAUUGUAUCAAGGUUUUUAGAAGAUGAAGGUCCUAAGGAUCGAUAUACGUUGUUUGUAGAACAAGGCAUCAAUGUGAUGAUAUUGAUUUUAGAUCGUGUCCAUGAUGCAUCUGACAAUCUUUAUGCAUGUGACAUUGGCUGGUUGGUUUUAUCUUUUGCAAAAUAUCUAAAUAAAUUAGGUGCAAAUCAAUCUUCUUUAAAAAUCAAAAAAAGAUUGUGUCAACUUGCUGAAUCGUUGAUGCUAAAGAAAGAAUACAUAAAUUUGCGACAAGAAAUUAAAUUGCGCAAUAAACUUUUAGAAAUUAUUAUUGAAUGGACUUCUGACUAUUCAUUGAAAACAGACGGAUCUAAUGGUGCAGAAAAUAGUAGUAGUGCGCAAAAAAUUGAAAAAUCACAUCGAAGCUUGGAUCAUUCAUGUCUUAAAACAAUUGUAGAAUUAUUGGCUCAAUUACCAUUACAACCUCCUGAAACUCAUGAGACUGAUUUGAGUAAAGGAAAAUCUGGAUUAUUCAAGAGAUAUUUUUCAUUUUUCAUCAAAUUGUUAAAUAGAUGUCGUAUUUUAGAGGCAAUUGAUAGUGGUACUCAUUCUGCUAAAAAUAAUGAAGAUUUGCAAAUGUUAUUGUCUAGGUCUAAAGAAUAUGUUAAGGACCUUGGACCAUUGAAAGAUUAUACUAUUCUGGCACUCAGCAAUCUUUUAAGUGCAAAUGUAGAAUCUGGUUUAGAAAUUUCUUUAACAAUGGGCUAUCAUGAAGAUUCUAAGACAAGAACAGCGUUUAUGCAGGUUUUAACUAACAUUCUAAAUCAAGGUGUUGAAUUUGAUGUUCUGACAGAAAAUGCAAUGAAAGAACGUUAUGAAAGAUUAAUUGAUAUAUUUGCUGGUCCGGAUUUUGAUUUUGCAUCAUCACUAUGUGAAGUUUGUCAUAACAAUGAACAGGACGAAGUUUCACGUAUUAUAAUCGUAGUUUUUAGUGCCAGGAACAAUUUACUACCAUUAAUGAAAACUAUUAUUGAUCAAGAAGUUAUGUCUACAGAAAAUGAACCAAGUUUGUUUAGAGGUAAUACAAUGACAACUAGACUAUUUUUGAUGUAUUCAAAAACAUAUUGUUUUGAAUACUUGUGUGAAACACUUCAACCUGUACUUAAUGAAUUGUUGGAAAAACCGGUUGGUUUUAGUUGUGAGAUUGAUCCUAAAAGACUUCAACAUGGUGAAAGUGUUGAAAGAAAUAUUUUAAAUUUAAAAAAUACAGCGCAAGCUUUCAUUAAUGCAAUUUGUUCGUCAUCUGAAACAAUUCCAAGUGAAUAUAGACACAUUUUUAAUUAUAUUUAUGAAGCUGUAAGUACAAAGUUCCCCAAUGCAAAAUUAAAAUCAGUUGGUGCCUUUGUGUUUCUGAGAUUUUUUAAUCCAGCAGUUGUGGCACCAGAUUCUGUUAAUCUUUGUCGAAAAAUUGAAAACAAAAAUACUAAAAGGACUUUAGUUUUGGUCACAAGAAUAAUUCAACAUGUUGCCAACAAUAAUUUGUUUAGUGCGAAUGAACCAUUUUUGAUUGAGAUGAAUGAGUUUAUCAAAAAAAAUAUCGAUGAUGUUAAUAAGUUUUUACAGGAAAUUUCGCAAACAAAAGAUGCUAAUUCAGAAUCACCAAUGACGGAAAAAUCAACUUCUCGCGUGCUGCGCGAUUCGGACAGAAAAGCUUUGCACAAGAUAUUAUAUGAUUGCCAGGAAAGAAUGUCAAAAGAUUUACAAACAAGAAGGAUUAAAUCAAUUGUGCCUGGAUUGUCAACAGAUCCUGAAAAAAUUCAAAAUAAGAAAAAAUUAUGGGAUAAAUUAUCAACUUUGUUGGCACAAUUAGGUACACCUCCUGAAACACCAAAAAAAGAAUCAAGCUUAUAUGCAUAUAAUCAUCUAGCAAACAAUCACUUGUUCACCGAGUUCAUGAAAAGGCACUCUAAACGUAAUGUCGAGGCCAUUUCUUCUAGAAAAUUAUUUUAUGAAGGCGGAAUGUCAAAAGGACAAAGACCUGUAUUUUAUUAUAUUGCAAAUAGACUUGAGGCUGAAGCUACUGACAUUGAACUUUUAUUUUAUUAUAUGUUUCGAAUUACCGAGUCAAAAAUCGGAAGACCAUUUGAUAUACUUUUUGAUUUGACACAGUUUGGAUUAGCUAAUGAAAUUCAAGCACAAUGGGUCCAGCAAUUCAUUCAGAUACUUCCACUUGAUCUUCAUGAAUACAUUGCACAUUCUGAAAUUAGAUUACCGGAAACGACAAAUAUCAGCAAUCCAAUUCAAAGAAGUUAUGAUAGCGAAUUUAUGGUUAAACCAGAUCGUGGUAGACCUUCUCUUACUUUUGUUAGCGUAAGAAAAGAACAGAUUAUGCAGGCUUUGAAAGUCUCCAAGGCAAGAGAUCAAUAUUCUGGACCUAAAAAUAAUACUGAAAGAGUGGUUCGUCCAAGCAGUGUUCCAGGGACUUUAUUAAAUAUGUCUCUCUUAAAUAUAGGAAGUGAGGAUCCUAAUUUAAGACUUGCAGCUUAUAAUUUACUUGUUGCUUUAAGUCAUAUUUUUAAUUUUAAUAUUGGUAAUCAUUUGUUAAAUGCAAAAGGUUUAUGUAUACCUGCAAACAACACGGGUUUUAUUUUACGAUUUAGUGAAAAAUUAGCAUUAUCUGAUAAAACGAUCACGCUUGAAUUUUUCAAAGAGUUCUUUGUUGGAUUCGAACAUUCAUCAACUUCUCAAAAACACUUUUGUUUAGAAUACAUGGCACCAUGGUUACCAAAUUUGGCUGUUAUUGGUAAAAAUUCUUUAGAGAAUCAACAAAGAACUAGAGAAAUCAUUAAAAAUUUGAUCGAAAUGACUACCAAAGAAACAGAAAUGUAUAAUGCUAUUCAAUUAAAAGUUUGGUUGACAUUAAAAGGUGUAGAUGAAAUGACAAAUUUAAUAAUCGAUGAAUUUAUUAACUAUGCUGUCGAAAAUGGAAUCAGUUCAAUCCAGUCAGAAACUGUUUCAAAUACGAUUGUCACCUUGUCUUCAGUUAAUGUUAGAGGAAAAAUUAUUGCAAGACUUAGAAAGGCAAUUGCAAGAACUUCGAUUAAUCAAACAAGGAAUCUGACAGACAAUACAGCAUGGCCAGAAAUAGCAAUCUUAAUACGGUUCAAUUUGAUGCUAUCCUUUAACAAUCGAAUACAUAUUCAGAAUUAUUUACCAGAGUUAUUUCAAGUAAUUUCAUUGCUCGUUUCAACUGGCCCUCCACUCAUCAGAGCAUCUGUACACGGUCUAAUAGUUAAUCUGGUCCAAUCAUUAUGCACCGCCUCUCCACUUGACGAAACCAAUAGAAAAAGAUUAACUUUGUUAUUAACAGAAUUAUCUGAACCAAAUUUCAGGUUUUUCUUUGGAUUAAAUAAUUCACCAGGAAAUGCAUUUCUAAUAUCAGCUGAAUCUACACACGAAUUAACAGAUAUCAUGCCGUUAAGUUCUUUAGAGACUAUAGUGCAAGCUCUCUUGGAAGUUAUGAUAUGUGGUGCACCAUCUAUUGAUGUUUCAAAUGCUUGGAGAGCAAGAUGGAUGGGGCUUGUAACUAGUACAGCAUUUCAGCAUAAUUUAACAAUACAGCCCAGAGCAUUUGUAAUACUUGGAUGCUUAGCGAGAGAAGAAGUAGAUGAUGAUCUUUUGUAUCAAAUUUUGGUAGCUCUUAAAGGUGCAUUGUAUAAUUUUGUUGAAAAUGACUGUCUAUUGAUAAUUAGUAUUGUUAUGUGUUUGACUAAAAUUGUCGAGAAUCUUCCAAAGGAGUCAAAUUAUCUUCGACCAAUGUUUUGGCUAGCAAUGGCGUUAGUUCAAAUUGGUCAUAUUACAAUAUUUCCUAGUGCUAUCAAUCUAUUGCAAGUUGUGCUGAGAGCAUUAGAUCAACAUAAUCUUUUUACAAAUCAAAAUUUAGAAACAGUGUUAUUAGAAUAUCGUUCACCAUUCAAAACUUUAGCAACUCAAAUGGAUGCAGAGGCAGGAAUAAGUUAUGAAUAUUUUUCAUUUGCCGUGGCAGCAGCUUUAUUAAAAGGAUUAAAAACUCCAUCAACAAAAAAUAUUACACAAGGAGUGUUGAUUUCAUUUUUAAAUACGGCAUCAAAAGGUGUUGUUUUAACAGAAGGACAACAAAAUAACGUGCAUUCAUGCAUAUUAGGAUAUUUGGCAGCCUUGUUGCCUUUAUCGGCAAGAAAUGGAGAUAUGAAAGAAUUGCUUUGGUUAUGUGGGAUAUUUGAUACUGAAAUUGAUAAUUCAGAAUUACAUUCAACCUACUAUAAAGUAUUUGACAAGUUAGAUAUACCAAAUCCCGAAUCAGCUUUAUUGCUAAUUUCCUUAAUGGUAACAAUAUUACAACAUACUGAUGAUGAAUCAGAAAAAUUGUUUUUGUAUGGAUUUUUGGGUGAAGCUGCUGUCAAGUUUCCUCAUAUUUUUUCAUUAGUCUAUGAGAUAUUACACCCAAAAAUGAUACAAAUUAUAACAACCAGCGAUACAAUACCAGUAUUAGACAUUGUUCAAUCAAUAUUUUAUACUGUCACAUCAAAACCUCACUUAUAUGUUAGAAAUCAAAAUGUUAAUCAAUUAAUGCAUCUUGAAUCGUUGGGAUUUAAAUAUCUAACAGAUUCAGGAUCAUUUAAUAAUUUUUCAAAAGAAAAAAUGAAAAAUAAUGCGAGAUUAGCAAGUAAAUUGGUUAAUGCAAUACUUUGA